AUGAAGCUUUUUAAUACCUUUUCACUUUUCCUGCUAAUCGGAUUGGCCGUUACCGCACCAGCACCUGAAAAAAGCAAGGAGAGUAAAGAAAACGUGGAAAGUAAAGAAAGCAAAGAGAGUGGCGAAAAUGAACAAAUCACUGUAACCAAAGAUUUUUUCCCGGAUUCCUUUAUAGUAUAUAGAGGUAAACAUGAAAUUGUAAAUAUCAUUGUUCCCCUAAAUUCAUUGAACUUUAAUGAUGAUGCCAAAGAUAACGAAACAAGUGACAAUAGCAACAUUACUUUAUUCUUUGUCGAAGCUGAUGUAGAUGCAGCUGGCAAUAAAGUUUACAAAGGCCUCUAUGUCCUUAAAGACGGUAAAGCUAAAAAAAUAUUGGGCAACGGAAGAGACGCCGCUGCUUCUUCUGAUGAUAGCAAGGACGUGUUUUUCGGUGCAAAGGAUGGAAUUUACAAAUACGACCCAAAGAAAACCAAAGCUGUAAAAUACGGUACAGUAAGAGACAGCAUUAUUGGCAUCGCUAAAGAAAACGCUACAGAUGUUAUUUACAUUUUAACUGAGGAUCAUGAUGUGUACAAAGUCACUGAAGAAGGGCAGAAAAAAGUUAAAAUUGAUGACGUUGUAGGUGCUCGAGAAAUCGUUUUGGACAACUCUAAUAAUUUGUUUUUCUAUGGUGUAAAUAAGAAACCGUAUGUUGUAAAUGAUGACGGUGUGAAGAAAAUAGAAGGUUUACCUAAGAACCCGAAUUCCGUCAGACUUAUCAAGCCCCCUUUUUUUCUAGAAAAUGGCGUGCCUUUCACGUCUGAUAAUGUUGCAUAUCUUAUUUAUCCAAAUGGAACAAGCGAAAGAACUGAUUUCGAUUUUAAAUCUAACGCUAAACCAUCGGCUUACGGCAUGGAGGCGGCGCUAAUUCAAUACUACGGUUAUUGUAAGAACAUUUACGAAUACAAUAUUCUUUCUCUUGUCUUAGCAGGGAUCAUUGAUGAUUUGAAAAAUUUCUUAGAAAAUCAAGCGCCUACUAUUCAGACAUUGGCGACACAAUCCAGAAGUUCCUUAAGAGCUCAUUAA